AUGUCGUCAACAGAAACAGUCGACGUCGUGAUAGACUCCCUUAUCGCCGCCGGGGUCCGACACAUCUUUGGCGUCCCCGGUGCCAAGAUCGACUCCGUCUUCAACGCUCUGAUCGACCGCCCCGAAAUCAAAUUGGUCGUAUGCCGUCACGAGCAAAACGCCGCCUUCAUCGCCGGCGCUAUCGGCAGGAUCACCGGCAGACCGGGGGUGUGCAUCGCCACCUCCGGCCCCGGAACGAGCAACCUCGUCACGGGUCUUGUAACAGCAAAUGACGAGGGCGCUCCCGUCGUCGCGAUUGUCGGAGACGUCAAGCGUGUGCAGGCCGCCAAGAAGACGCACCAGAGCCUGCGCGGCGUUCAGCUGCUCCAACCCGUCACCAAGAAGGCCACCGGCGCCGUGCAUCCCGACCAGAUCGCGGAGAUCAUGCUGGAUGCGUUCCGCACUGCGAGUGCGUAUCCCCAGGGAGCCACGGCCGUGAGCCUGCCGAUCGACAUCAUGACCGCGGGCACCAAGACGAGCAUUCCCGCCCUGCCGUCGAGAGCCUUCGUGCCGCCCGAGUACGGCACCUCGCCGUCUGCAUCGCUAAGCCGAGCGGCAUCAAUGAUCCAAAACGCCAAAUUCCCCGUGCUGUUCCUCGGAGCCAGGGCAGCCACGCCGGAGGCCGUCGAAGCGGUCCACGGAUUCCUCCGGAAGCACCCUAUCCCGGUAGUCGAGACUUUCCAGGCCGCCGGAUCGAUCAGCAGGGAGUUGGCUCACUUAUUCUACGGCCGAAUCGGCCUGUUCCGUAAUCAGCCCGGCGACAAGCUCCUGUCGCACGCAGACCUGGUAAUAGUCGCCGGCUACGACCAGUCCGAGUACGAUGCAGAUGCCUGGCACAAGAAAACAGACCUCGACAUCCUGCACCUGGACUGGAUCCCUGCCGACUACGGCGCCUUUUACAACCCCAGGCUCGAGCUCGUCGGCUCCAUUGCCGCCAACAUCAAGGCGCUCAUGAACAUCCUCGCAAACGUCUCGCGACCGCAGGAGCUCGAGUCAUCGCGAGAAAUCUUCGCCGAGUUCCACGCGUGGGAGCAAAGCCCACAGGCGCUCGGCCAGACCGGCGACGGACCGGUUCAUCCCCUCCACUUCAUCAAACUCAUGCAACAGCUUCUCCCGUCAUCCCCCAUCGUCGCCUCGGACGUGGGAAGUAUGUACAUCUGGCUCUCGCGCUUCUACUUCGCCUACAGCCCCAAGUCCUUCCUGGUCUCCAACGUCCAGCAGACCCUCGGCGUCGCCCUCCCCUGGGCCAUCGGUGCCUCCCUCGCCCAGGAGAACCCGAACCCCCGCAAGGUCGUGAGCAUCAGCGGCGACGGAGGCUUCCUCUACAGCGGACAGGAGCUGGUGACGGCCGUCCAGCAGGGGUGCAACAUCACGCAUUUCAUCUGGAACGACGGAAAGUAUAACAUGGUGGAGUUUCAAGAAGUCGACAAGUACGGCCGCAGCUCGGGCGUCGACCUGGGCGGGGUGGACUUCGUCAAGUACGCCGAGGCCUUCGGGGCCAAGGGUCUGAGGGUCACCCGUUCGUCGGAACUCGAGGCCGUCAUGAGGGAGGCGUUGAGUCAUGAGGGAGUGUGCGUCGUGGACGUUGAUAUUGAUUAUUCGCACAACCACGAAUUGAUGAAGAAUGUGAUCCAAGAUUCGAUCAGUUAA